CUGGCUUGUCUGUUCUUUCGAUCUCUCAGGCGCUCUUUCCUCUAGAAAGUCUCAACGUGAGACCGACCUUCGUUUCAACCUGUGGCGGACUUGGGUUUUUUUCACUUUGCUUUCUCAUUCAUCUCGUCUUGACCCUGCUUUAUAAGGUCUUAUCAUAUCACAAUCGUUCAAUAUGACCAAAACACUAUUAUCUCUCUCUAUUCUAGCACUGUCGGCCAUCCUCUCGGUCGUCAAUGCAGCUCCCAAACCAUGGGGGCCGACUCCCCAUUUUCCCAACAUCGACAGCUGGAACAACGAACGCUUCCCUGGGAAGUACGAGGCAUGUACGGAUGACAAUGUCAAAAUCCGCAAGGACUUCGACUCCAUGGCCCCCCAAGAGCGCAAGGCCUACACCGACGCCGUCAAAUGCAUCAUGGCCCAGCCAUCCCAACUAGACCAGACACUCUACCCUGCCGCCAUCAACCGAUACUUCGACUAUGCAGUUGUCCACACCAACUUGACCGAGAUCGUCCACCUGUCAGCCUACUUCUUGACGUGGCAUCGAUACUACCUUCACCUGUUCGAAGAGGACUUGAGACAGACGUGUGGUUACCAGGGUGCUUUCCCGUAUUGGAACUGGCCUGCCACUGCGGACAACCUCCAUGGCAGCGCCGUCUUUGAUGGCUCUGAAUACUCCAUGUCUGGUGAUGGUGAAUAUGUGGACACAGGGCCCGUCAUGCUCUCCCCCAACUUCUCGCUCCCUCAUGGCUCGGGCGGAGGCUGUGUCACGAGUGGCCCAUUUGCCAACAUGGAAACUACCAUCCAACCCAUCUCGAUCCAGAACCUCCUCAUGGGUGCGCCGUUGCCAGAAAAUGCCUUUGCUCUCAACAGAACCUGUUUAACACGCGAUCUCAACACAUACGUUGCUCAAACGUGGUGCAAUGAAACCGCUCUGUACCAGGCACUUGAGAGUGACGAUAUUGCCACCUUUGAUACUUUGAUCAAUGGUGUCGCCGGCGGUGGUUCUUUGGGUCUUCACUCUGGUGCCCAUUUCGUUGUUGGGUCACCGGGAUCCAAUAUUUUUGUAUCUGUACAAGAUCCGAUCUGGUGGCCGUUGCAUACCUUCCUCGACAACUUGUACACUUCGUGGCAGGCUCGUCAUCCCGAUCUUGCCAAUGCUGUUUUCGGUACCUUGACUGCCAACGACGCACCACCCAGCGCCAAUGGAACCCUCGACUCUCAGCAACCCGGUUGGGGUUAUUUCGAGACAAAUCCUUACACCAUUGGUGAACUCAUCAGCACUACUUCCGGCCCUUUCUGCUACAAGUACGACGUUUCCCUAUAGGAUGUGAAGCGACCAUGUACGGACAAAGGCGGGCGAAAAUGAAUCGGCCAUGGGCAUUAAUUGAUUGAUUGACUGGUUUGGGCAUGCUUGGAGGGAAAAUGGCCCCAGAGGAGAACUUUUGUGGCUGUUCAUUUAUUACUGGCGAUUGGGCUUCUUCGCAUGCAUCAAUGUGUUAAUUGGGAGGGACUGCAUCAUACCUCGGUCGCGCGCAGUCACUUGAAAAGUGGGGGAGUUCUUUGUUCUUUCUUCAUGACUAUAAUGACUAGACAGACGGCUAGGCAGCCCAAAUAUUAAUAAAGGGGA